CUUCUCCACUUUUUUGUUGAUGGACUUAUAUUCUAAGUCAUUCUGACUACUGAUACUGAAGUCACUCACUGGGCCUGGAAACUUGUGCAAAUUUGAGAGAUUCCAUAGCCAAAAAACCAAUGGGGAUCAUCACUCUAUGAAGCAGCCAUGCAGCAGGUACUGGAUAACCUUACUGAUCUGCCGACGUCGACAGGCGCUGAAGAAAUAGACCUAAUUUUUCUCAAAGGAAUCAUGGAAAACCCCAUUAUCAGGUUGCCCAGAGACCCCUCCAGCCUCUUCAAACUGUUUCAGUUUGCCUCUUACCCUAUCAGUGAGCAGCAGUGGAAAGAACCUGAUUCCAUUUUUUCAUACUCCCAGGCUCACGAGAGACUAGAAGAUUCUAAACUUGAGGCUGUCAGUGACAACAACCUGGAGCUGGUGAAUGAAAUUCUUGAAGACAUCAGUCCCUUAAUAAAUAAAGAUGAAAAUAUUGCGGAGUUGGUUGGAAUACUCAAGGAACCGCAUUUUCAGUCACUCUUGGAAGCACAUGAUAUUGUGGCUUCAAAAUGUUAUGAUUCCCCUCCUUCUAGUCCAGAAGUCAAUAAUUCUUCAGUGAACAAUCAGAUUGUUCCAGUAGAUGCUAUUCGUAUUCUUGGAAUUCACAAAAGAGCAGGAGAACCUCUGGGUGUUACAUUUCGAGUUGAGAACAAUGAUCUGGUUAUAGCACGAAUUCUCCAUGGUGGAAUGAUAGAUCGACAAGGUCUUCUGCAUGUAGGUGACAUUAUUAAAGAGGUGAACGGCCACGAGGUUGGAAACAAUCCAAAAGAAUUGCAGGAACUGCUGAAAAAUAUUAGUGGCAGUGUCACUCUGAAGAUUCUCCCCAGUUACAGAGACACGGUUAUUCCUCAACAGGUUUUUGUGAAAUGUCAUUUUGAUUAUAAUCCAUAUAACGACAACCUCAUCCCAUGCAAAGAAGCAGGAUUGAAAUUUUCUAAAGGAGAAAUUCUUCAGAUUGUAAACCGGGAAGAUCCAAAUUGGUGGCAGGCUAGCCAUGUCAAAGAAGGAGGAAGUGCAGGACUCAUUCCUAGCCAGUUCCUGGAAGAGAAGAGGAAGGCUUUUGUGAGAAGGGACUGGGACAACUCAGGGCCUUUCUGCGGAACAAUAAGCAGCAAAAAAAAGAAAAAGAUGAUGUAUCUUACUACAAGAAAUGCAGAAUUUGAUCGUCACGAAAUCCAGAUCUAUGAAGAAGUAGCCAAAAUGCCUCCUUUUCAGAGGAAAACACUGGUCUUAAUUGGGGCCCAAGGAGUGGGACGAAGAAGUUUGAAGAAUAGGUUUAUAGUACUGAAUCCUACUAGGUUUGGAACUACAGUGCCAUUUACUUCACGAAAGCCAAGGGAUGAUGAAAAGGAUGGACAGGCAUACAGAUUUGUGUCACGAGCUGAAAUGGAGAUGGAUAUUAAAGCUGGCAGAUACUUAGAGCAUGGAGAAUAUGAAGGAAAUCUUUAUGGCACUAAAAUUGAUUCUAUCCUUGAAGUUGUUCAGACAGGAAGGACCUGCAUUUUGGAUGUGAAUCCACAGGCCCUGAAAAUACUGAGGACUUCAGAAUUCAUGCCCUACGUAGUGUUCAUUGCUGCUCCAGAGUUGGAGACUUUGCGUGCUAUGCACAAGGCAGUGGUAGAUGCUGGAAUUACAACCAAACUUCUCACUGACACUGAUCUGAAGAAAACAGUGGAUGAAAGUGCCCGGAUCCAGAGGGCGUACAACCACUACUUCGAUCUGACCAUUGUAAAUGACAACCUAGACAAAGCCUUUGAGAAGCUGCAGACUGCUAUAGAGAAACUGAGGCUGGAACCACAGUGGGUCCCGAUUAGCUGGGUGUACUGAGAUUGCUGAAGAUGAGCUUAAGUAACAAAUAAAAUCAACUGCAGGAAACAAACUAACGUGACAAGAUGUGGUGUAGAUAGCGAUGAUAACUGCGGCGCCUGCGCAUUUUUACUAUGUGUAUAUUCAAAAGUACACUAUUCUGACUUUUUAUAAUAAUGCUGAAGGGAAAGUGUACUUAAAUAUGUAAUUUAUUUUAAUUUUUCUAACUUUUUACAGAUAACCUUUCUAUUCAUAUCACAUGAAGGAAAUGCGUUUAAGCAUUUUAUACGUUUUGAUUUAGUACCUUUGCCUUUUUCAUCUGAGAAACUUUCAGUCCUUCACUUUAACAUUUACAUCUUGGUCUUACAUUUUCACUGUGACUAAAAAGAGGAUACUUGAAACAAUUUUUGUAGAACUUGUUAAUGUCAGUGUUUGACCGGUCAAAAGUCUAUAGCUCCUAUUAGGAAACAACACUGGUUUCUUUUUUUUUUUUUCCUUGAAGUAAUGAUUUGACAGGAGUAGAAUUUCAAAUGCUAAAAGCAACAAGUGACACAGCUCCAUUGCUCCAGCUUCUUUCUGCUGAAUGUUGAAGCAUUCUCGAUGUUUCACGAAUUCCUGGUGUCUCUUGAUUUAGACAACUGUUCUGUAGGUUCCCUUACGUGUUUCUUGAAAUCACACGAAGCAAUACCUUGCAUGCUGCUCAUCAGCUGUUCCUGGGAGCCAACCUGUGUGAAGCCUCUUGUGGUGGAAGUACCUACGGCAGGGAGCGUGUAUGCAAGGUAAUUCAGUGCAGUGCUGAAUAGCUGGAGAGAGAACCUGAUAGCGGAGCCUUGUAGAGUAAAGCUUAGUAUUUAGGACUGUUGUAUUCAUGCGUGUGAAAACACAUUGAUUUUAAAAAAAGCAAACAAACAAAAAACAAACAAAAAAAAGAACCCAAGCCAGAAUUUUCUUUUCUUAGGACAUCAUUGAUGUUUAAAUAGUGAUCUGUGGCUUAAUUUCCUGAGAUAUCUUGUGUUCUCUUUUGGAAAAUUUGUGUGAUCAAACUGUUGUAUUUUUGAGUGUGAUGUAAUGGAAUUUCUGUGCUCUUUGUUGCAUUGUGUUUUUAAUUGAUUUUUUCAUUAGGUAGCUUGUAAAUUGGAAGCUUACUGCUAAAAAGCCACGCUGUUCAUAAUUUUUGUGCUUUACAACAUACUUCUUUUUGUGUUUGGUGACAGUUCUCCCCUUUGUAGGCUCAUAGACGUAAGUCACGUUAGGUUCAUCGAUCAAAGCUUAUGCUAAUGUAAGUUUCUGCUUGACAAGAACAAAACGAAAAUACAGCUUGUCACUGAGACACGCUCUCUUUGUGAUCACAUUUUAUAUUACUCUGUUAGCUGUUGUAUAUAGCAACAUUCACCAUCGCUUUCCAGGCUAACAGAAGUCAUCUAUUUGCUUAAUUUCUCUUCCAUCUGAUGACAGGCACCUUGCUUCUGAAUUCUUUUUCAACACCAAAGUGUGAUACAGAACAUUCAAAAAGGCAAUUUCCUCAGAGGUUUUUCUGAAGAAAAAGAGGCCUGCACACUGUAAAGCAGUAUUGGUUCCUAGAGCCCUUAAAGCCUUCUACAUGCACGUGAGAAUCUACUGAUAUAAGAAAAGCUUACAUCCCAAAAAGCAAAACCACCCCACCUAUAUGCUACAGGUGAUUUUUAAAGCUGAUGAAGUUGGUUGUUUGGCAGGAGGCAGCUUAAGAUCGCAGUGCAUUUGGAAAAUGUUUGUCAGAGCUGUGUAAGCAUGGGGUGUCGUGGCUCUGAACACGGAGAUUUCAGUCUUGUGGAGGGAAUCUGAAAGUUUCAAAGGAAAAUCUGUGCCACUACUUUUGGUUUAGUUUGCUCCGGUUUUAUUUAAGCUGGGUAGAGCUUUUAAGUGUGGCAGCAUCAGCACUAGCCCUUUAUUUGCCUUUCCCAGAGAUGUGUUCUGUGAUCCUGUCACUCAGAGACUGCUCUGAGAAAUAGAUGGAGUGUUUUAUAUGGCAGCAAAGACAGCAGAGCCGUUGCUUGACUACUUCAGUGGUUUCGUUUUGGCAUUAUAAGCUUAACGUGAUGGAACUGUGUUUGUAUGCUGUGUCAUAGAAGACCUACAUGUGCUGUAAAUAAGAUGUGCUUCCCGGACAGAUGUGAUGCCUUUUCCUUAUGAGUUAGAAAAUACUCUGUGAUGCCAAAAGUGGGCUGAGCUCACUCUUCCUUAACAAACGGCAUGAGAUGAUUCUUCAGUUUCCACCCCACAGUGGUUCAUAUUGCAAACACCACUUGUUGUCAUCGUUUUUCAGACAGGUGCUCAGCCAAAAGAAUCCCAUGAGACAUGGGCACCAAGGGUCAGUGACGAAAACCUCGCUCCUCCUAUUUCCACCUCAGAGAUCACACUGUGCAAAGGGCCUACCCAGUAAGCAGUCUCCAAGUAGCUGUGUAUUUGCUGAAGCCUGAAGCUUUAGCUUUCGCUUAAGCUCCACAGUGUUUAGCAAUCAAGCACAUUUAAGUCAGCACCGUGGAGCCCAGCAGCUGACCCUUUGCUGCUGUUAAUAUAGAUGCUAAUGAGAAGUACAAUCUGAGGCAAUAAGCAGUGGGUUGCUAAGGUUGCAUUCAAGAACCGUUAUCAAAGUGAGAGCAGGUUUUAACUGGAUGGUCACAUGCGAGUUCAAAGGAGGAAAAAAUACAUUCCUUGCAUCUGUUUGUUAAAUCAUAUGAACUGAGAGUCCAUGCUGGCAGGUGUGUAGUGUUUGGGAAUUAUUUUUUUCAUCAGAUAUUCUGCUUAGAUUAUUGUUGCCCAGUAGGGUGACUGGAUUGAAAAUAAGUUACUUUUAUUAAACCAAAGCAUUCCUGGAGAGUCUUGGAAGGAGGAUGUCAUGUUGGUCACGUACACGGUGGUGCCAGACUCCACCUGUUAUAGUGUGCUAAGUCAGAAGUUGGGCAGGGAGCUGUGAGGAAAAAGAUGGUGUGAAAGGCGAGUUCUGAGCAAGGGAAGCCAUUUCAUAUAAGAGCUGUUUGAAGUAUUCCUGGGGGAUAAAUAGCUAGGAUGUCAAGUCUCUCAUUCUGUACUGAGCAUUCAUUUUCCAGAUAACAGGAAAACUUUUGCAUUGACUGUUAAUAAUGAUAGGUGUGUCUGAGCGAGGCGAAGAUGCUGCUAAAUGUUUAAGAUAUGUGGUAUGUAUCACAAGAUAAAUAUUUAAGCAAGUAGAUUAGCAAAGUGAAUUAUCAAAUAGUUGUCUGUGUAUAUGUAUGUAUGUGGAUGGUGAAACAAAAACACUCAUGUCUGCAACCACAUUUCUAUCUCCCAUGACUUAAUCCAGAAAUGUACCUGCAUGUGAGACUUUAGAACUGGUACACUUCUCUACCUGGUUUGUUGUGUUUACUAAUGUAUAUUUUUCUAAAUAUACAGAUAUUUCAAUCUAAAAGUUCUAUAUUUAUCUGUAAUUUCUAUGUUUUAAACAGUGCAUGGAGGUGCUGUAAAAUUCUGUACAUAUAGAGAGACUUAUAGAAGAAACACUGUUGUUGCCCUCUGUAUGAAAAGCUAUACAUAAAACUGCAGUCAAUAUGCCAAUACCCAUAAGUUAUUUCUUUAAAUGCACCAAAAAUUCCUCAAGCUCUACACCAGUCUCAACCUUAAUGUAAAUACUGUUUGGUGCAUUUAUACCCACGUGAUUACCUUGCUGUCUCUGUUAGACCUGCAGGUCUACUUUAGGUUCUAAGUCAUGUGACAACAUGCAGUCAAUUAAAGUUUGGUAUAAUAUGUCAUCUUGCAUAGACUUACAAAGGGCUUUAAUAAUGUAAGCAUAAAAUGGAGGUAAAAUUGGAGCAGUAUCACGUACUGACACAGGCAAGGGAAAUAAGCCUUACACCUGGUUUGGUACUCUCAGGCUGCAGAGUUCUCAGAUCAGUGCAGCUCUGUGUCUCAGUCAUACAAAAGCUGCAGGAUAGCAGAUUGACUCUUUCUGAAUCUGUGUUUGUAUUAUCUGUCACAUCCUUGGUAGAUUCAAAUGGAACUUUUUUUUUCCUUAUCUUCUGUCCUAACUCAUUGUGUCCUCUCAAAUCCUACCUGAGUGAUUUGCUGUACAAACUGCCGGCAGCUCAGCGUUCAGGAAGUGUUCCAUGGUUUGUUUGUAUGGUUGUUUUUUUUUUAAGACUGAUUCAGAUAAUGAACAGGACGUUUUCUUUUAACUUUUAAAGACAGAAAAUUCCAGGCUAGGGCCCCUUUGAAGCCAAGUUUGCCUCUCUGCUGUGUUUAAGAAAGGACCAGUGGAGAAGGACAAGUAGACACAACUCUGGAAAUCAGGAGAGCUGGGUUAUGUUUUUACACAAGCCAUUACUGUGAACAUGAUCCAACCCGAACUUCUCUCCCUAUUCCUUGGCUUCCCAUCUAGUCUUCAUCUAUCUUCAUCUUUCAGACUGAACUUGGAGGCAGAUGCCAAUUCUCAAAACAUGUACAGUGCCUGCUGCAGUAGUUGCCCAGUCACUUUUUGUGCCUGUAGGUACAGUUUUAACACUAAUUACAGGUGGAAGUCUGUCACAUCUAUCAUGCUAAUAUGAGUAUUUGCUUCAUGCAGGGUUUCUUGCCUCACCCAAAUUCUGAAGGGUUAAAGCAUUGUGUUGUUAUUGCCAAGUUUAACAAUGCUUCUUCUGCAAAAGUGUUCAGAGAUUGAUUUAUCCGCGUUUAGAUAGUGGUCACUGGAUACAAGAGACUUCUAGUCUGCCAGACCUCUUGCCUUAAAUAUCCCUGUAGUUCUUACAGAAAACCUCUCCUGGGCCAUUAACAAGAUUUCUUCAGUGAAAGGGACUUUGAUUUCUCUGCUGGACUGUCGUGCUUGAAGGUGGAGAGGUUCUGGCCCUGGUUUCUUUGUUUUUUCCCCCACCCUUUUUGGUUUUCGCAUCUUUAACAAUCUUUCUAAUGUGAACUGUCUGGGAUUCUCACCUUGCCUCCUUCAGAAGACACAGUGGUCAACAUAAUCAUUGGUACUUAAGAACAGUGGAACUUGCUGUUGGCAGUCCUGUACAGGAUGCAAAAGAAAAAAUCCUAUUGCAUUAAAAAAAAAUGUAAAAUUAACAAAUUUUCAGAGGCAGCUUUGGCUUCCAAAUAGUAUUAGUGUACUUGCACACUGAUUUAUAGAUCUGUAGAAAUAGAUAUAGAUAAAUAGAACUUAGGAUUAAUACACUGCAAGUAUUUAAAACAGUAUUUGCUAACUUGAAUUCGCCAUUUUGGACCACAGUGGGAUACUGUUCCACAAACUGCCACCAUAAACUGCUGAAUUCUUUGUUCAUUUACUGGUACUGGAGCUGGAAUUUACCUGCUUACAUAAAAAUGCCAGCUUGGUAAAGGCUGUGCAGGAGUUUUACCUCCAAACAGAUUUUUUUUUCUUCCUUUUUUAAAGGAGAGUUUCAGCAAUAUUUAUAUUUUAUAGGAUACAGUACAUUUAAAGUAAGUGUGAAUUUUGUUCUCAAUAUUCUUAACCUUUUCUCAUAGUAGUCGGGUAUGGAUUUUCUUUCACUGCUCAUGCAGAGGUUGGAUGGGCAAUAGGACCAGCCUAUAAUGAUAAUAGGGUUGAAGUAGUCCUGGAACCAUUUUCUCCCAUUUAUUCAUUAGCUCCAUGGUAAUGCAUGUCCCUACAAGUUCGGCUGUCUUCACAGCUGAUGCAAGUCAGCACUCCAUGGGUAGGCAGCACUCACCUGGAGUAUGGUAGACCUCUUCCUACAGCCCCAGUGACUUGUCAGUCAUUUGACAUCUUGUAUGAUGUGCAGAGCAGCAUUAAUGACACCGCUUUGUACAGUUCUGGGAGUGGCAGCAAAAUCAUUGGCUGCAAAAUUCUUGUGGGUUGUUUUUCUUCUGGUUUUUUUUUUGGUUUUUUUUUUGACCAAUUUGUGUUGGUUCCUCUUGUGCAAUUACUUAUGGAGAGAGCUGCAGAAAGGGAUUUCUCCCCCACUGAAAAGGCAUGUUGAGCUUUCCCUGGCCCUGACUCCUGCAGCAUGCAUCUCCUGUAUGUAACACUUGAGUACUCCGAAGUAAGGAGGAACCUCUUCCUUAGGUUUUAAAGCAGAAAUUUUGGCACCCUCUCACCCCAAGCUGGGCUAAGAACUAUCAAACCUUGUUUAAGUGUUUUGAUUUAAAUAUGUGUGUUAAAAGUGUCAGUGUACAUCUCUUUCCCUUGCUUAUUCUCAUAUCUGUUUUUCCCUCGUGGAAGCUUUGAAGAAUUAUUUUUUUUCCUUCUACAGAAUAUUAAACUAAACUGGAUUUAAAACUUGUAAAUGUUGAAGAACUGCUCUCCUGUAAAGAAACACUUUCUAUUAGCUGAAAAUAUCCUACAAAACAAUCUUAACUAUUAAAUAAACUUUCUAGUGCAAAACUGAAGCUGACUUAGUAGCAGCUAACUGUUGUUUGAAUACAGUGCUUUAGAGCAGGCCUAGGAGGUGGGACUCAAUAACAGGCUGACUUUCUAUUGAUCAGCUACCACAUAGGACAUUUUUAAAUUGUAACUUGUUUUCUAAAACCCCCAUUUGUCUUUUUCACAGCUAAUAUUUUCACAGUAAACACAGCCAAGCGUAAAAACAUUAAUGUACAAAUUGUGAAAUUCUCUUAAUUCCCAACAAAAUAUUUUUGUAUAUAAUAAAGAUUUAAUAUUGAAAAACUA